UGGUGGUUGCAGCCAGGUGCUCUUGUGAUUUGCGCAGACAAAGCUGGAUUUUCAUUCGAAGAGACUAAAGUAGUACCAACGUUUGGAUCGAUAUCUGCAUCGAUCUGCCCACCCUUGUCUCCUGGAUCGUAGCUGAGAUCAGCGUGAACCACGUGGGUCUCUGCUCCCUGAUCUGUUUCCUGUGUUUGGAAAGAGUUCCAGCUUCAUCACGGAGUUUCUCUCGGUUUGUGGGCUCAUCUAAAGCUGAUCAGCAGGAGGAGAAGAGUCUGACGGAGCAGCAGAGGAACAUUUUCAGCCAUCUGGACUCAGCUGAGUCACUACAGAGGAAACAAUGAGCUCAACACAGAAGGACCAACAUGGAGCGAGAAGUCGGCGCUCUCAGGAGGCCGACAAACCUCACAGAAGAAAGAGAGAGAAAAAACACACCUGUGACGAGUGUGGGAAGGGUUUUACUUUUAAGGCAUUCCUAAAACGUCAUCAGGUCAUCCACACUGGAGAGAGACCGUUCAGCUGUGACUUGUGUGGAAAGUCUUUUUCCUCCGUGGGUUCUCUAAAAACACACCAACUCAUCCACAGUGGAGUUAAAGCGUACAGCUGUGAUCAGUGUGGCAGAGCUUUUAAUCGCAGUAACGGCUUACAGAGGCAUCUAGUUACCCACUCUGGAGUUAAGGCAUACAGCUGUGACAUCUGUGGAAAGAAUUUCAGCCAGAGUGGAAGCCGAAAUGCACAUCUACGCAUUCACACAAGAGAAGAUGUGUACUGCUGUGAUCAGUGUGGCAAACACUUUGCUACAGACGCACACUUACAACGCCACAUGUUUACCCACACUGAGGAGAGACCUUAUAAAUGUGACCUGUGUGAGAAGACUUUUAAAACUCCAUAUUACCUGAAACUACACCAAAAGAUCCACACCAGAAAGAGACUCUACAAGUGCAGUUACUGUGAGAAGCAGAGCGACACAGAUGGAUCCAGUUCUCAACCCUGUCAUCGCUGUGGUGGUGGGAAAGAGUUUCGUUGUGACCUUUGUGGAAAAACUUUCAAUUGGCAAGUCUCCCUAAAAAAACAUCAACGUAACCACACCUUAGACAAACUGAAAUACUGCAAAGAAUGUGGGAGAAGCUUCACCACAUCACGUGACUUAAAAAACCAUGAACUGAUUCACAGUGGGGUGAAAAAGCACCUCUGUGAUCAGUGUGGGUCAUCUUUCACUACUUCAAGUCACCUUAAAACACACGAACGAGUCCACACAGGAGAGAAACCAUACAAGUGCAGAUACUGUGACAAAAGCUUCUCACGAUCAGGUCAUCUUAAACUUCAUGAACGUACUCACAUGGAAGGAAACUACAGCUGUGACCAGUGUGACAAGAACUUCAGGAGUCUCAGUUCAUACUCUGAACACAAACGAUCCCACGUUACUAAUAAACUGUUUCACUGUUACCAAUGUGCCCAAACAUUCACCUCAUUGUCUGCUCUGUGCAAACAUCAGCGUGAUCACUCAGGGCUGAAAUCACUCCCAUCACUGGAUCACAGUGAAUCUGAAGAGACAGAAAGAUCUUCUUCUGGUUUCUGUGUCAGACUUUAAACUCUUGAGAUCAGGCUCCACAGAGUUCAGGUGAAAUCUCCUGUAAAGAUCUGAUGAGGCAGCUGUGAAUGAAAAUGUUCCAGUAGUUACAUUUUAACCCCCAGGGGUCGACGGACGCACCGGCGUGUCAAAAUCACAUGCCCAGUUUAAGAUGCAACAACAAAGGUGCAGCAACCCAGAGUCUCUAUUUCAACUUAGGUUGAAAGUGUGGACUCAAACUUUAUACCAGUUUUUAAAAUGAUAGGCCACGUAAAAACAGAGUGAUGAUUUAAAAAAAAAAAAAAGCGCAAUGUUUGUUUUUUUCCUGAAUAAAACAUUGUUAUUUACAGCGGGAAGAAACGGUAUGAACUUUUAGGAUUUUCUUUUAUAACAUAUAUACUGGACUGGACAUACUCACAGAUAUACUAUGUAAUCAUAUAUACUCGUAUACAACACACACACACACACACACACACACACACACACACACACACUGAAGUGUUUAUAUAAUGGAAUCACUGUGAAAAGCAUCUAACUUACAUGUUUAAAACCACAAGAACAACAUAUUUAAGUCAAAUAUAUUCUACAAUUAUAUUAAUGGUGUUUGCGCGACUUGUAUGAACACAUGUUGAUCAAUAACAUGAGACAAUUGGGAUCAAUGAGUAACCUUUGAUUGUGCUAUGGCCAACGAUGAUAAGUGCAAACAUGGAGCUAAUUCAACUUUCUCUUUCUCUCUGUUCAUCUUUAUUGCCUCAUGUUGUGUCCAGUGUUUCCAAAGCCUAUUUGGUAAACAAACCUGGCCUGCGGGGGAUGCAUCUGGGAUUGUUUUUCUCGCCUCAGCUGCCAGAAAGCGAGAAAACCACUUUCUUAUCAUGGAUAGCAGUCUACUUCUGGCACACACACUUAAAAAAUGGUCAAAAUGAUUAAGAUAAGAUAAGAUAAGAUAACCUUUAUUAGUCCCACACGUGGGAAAUUUGUUUUGUCACAGCAGGAAGUGGACAGUGCAAAAGUUA